CUUAUUGUGCCACGUUGAUGGAGACCAGUGGAGACGUGGAAUUCUGUGUAACCGGGACAGCCGCUAACUCUGAUCAGGGAUCUCAUACAAGCAAGAAAGGCAAACAUUUGGUUGCCGAUUACAGUUUUAAACCUAUUUUGACAGCUUGAAUGAGUUUGUGCAUGCUCGUGAGCAGUGCUAAGAGGGAAGGAUGAAGCUAAAAGAGAUAAACCGCACCGCCAUCCAGGCUUGGAGCCCAGCUCAGCACCACCCAAUUUUCUUGGCUGCAGGAACGUCUGCUCAGCAACUUGAUUCUACAUUUAGCACCAAUGCCUCAUUGGAGAUUUUUGAACUGGACCUGGCCGAGCCUUCUUUGGCUAUGAAGUUAUGUGGUGCUUUCUCCUCACCCCACAGAUACCACAAGCUGGUUUGGGGCCCACAUGGCAUUGACGAUCAGGGCCAGCCUUCUGGAGUGCUCAUAGCUGGAGGAGAGACUGGUAACAUCAUUCUCUAUGAUCCCUCCAAGAUCAUUGCUGGUGACAGUGAAGUGGUCAUCGCUCAGAUCGAUAAACAUGCAGGGCCUGUACGAGCCCUAGAUGUCAAUCCAUUUCAGACAAAUCUGGUUGCAUCUGGAGGUAAUGAGUCGGAGAUCUACAUAUGGGAUUUGAACAGCUUCAGUACCCCGAUGACUCCAGGACCGAAAUCACAGCCUCCGGAGGACAUUAGCUGCAUAGCAUGGAACCGCCAGGUGCAGCACAUCCUUGCCUCAGCCAGCCCCAGUGGCAGAGCCUCCAUCUGGGACCUUAGGAAAAAUGAUCUCAUUAUCAAAGUCAGCGACCACUGCAACAGGAUGCAUUGCUCUGGUCUGGCAUGGAAUCCCGAUGUUGCCACUCAGCUGGUGUUGGCUUCUGAAGAUGACCGAAUGCCUGUCAUCCAAAUGUGGGAUCUGCGUUUUGCCACCUCUCCUCUCAAAGUUCUAGAGAACCACACAAGGGGUGUUCUGGCUAUUGCUUGGAGUUUGGCUGACCCCGAGUUGCUGCUGAGUUGUGGGAAAGAUAACCGGAUCCUCUGUUGGAACCCCAACACCGCUGAAGUUCUGUAUGAGCUCCCAACCUCUCAGUGGUGCUUUGACAUCCAGUGGUGCCCCAGGAACCCUGCUGUUCUGUCCGCUGCUUCUUUCGAUGGGCGUAUUAGCAUGUACUCAAUCAUGGGAGGAAAUAAUGAUGCAGUCAGCAAUGCCCAGGCUGAUCAGAUAAAUUCCUCAUUUGCCAACAUGGAUCCCUUUGGCACAGGCCAGACAUUGCCCCCGCUGCAGCUGCCUCAACCCACCAGUGCUAACAGUACAGUCACACCACUGAAGAAACCCCCCAAAUGGAUCCGAAGACCAGUGGGGGCUUCCUUUGCUUUUGGUGGUAAACUUGUCUCACUGGAAAACAUCAAACCAACACCACAACAACAACAGCAGCAGCAGCAGCAGCCCAUGGCCCACAUCGUCCACAUUAGCCAGGUUGUCACUGAUACUGAUUUUUUGAAUCGCUCAAACCAACUUCAGGCCACGCUCACUUCUGGAAGCUUUGUGGGAUUCUGCCAGAGGAAGAUAGAAGUUGCACAGAACGAGUUUGAGAAGACUAUUUGGGCUUUCUUAAAGGUUCAUUUUGAAGAUGAUGCCCGGGGCAAAUAUUUGGAACUUCUGGGAUACAAGAAGGAGGAACUAGCACUUAAGAUUGCUUCAGCAUUAGAAAAGAAAGACCUCAAAUCAGAUGAAGGCAAUGAGCAACCUGAAAUCGGUUUGACUCCAACGGAGGAGUCAGACGUUACACCCCAGACGGACACUGAUCUUCCUGUUAAUGGUCAGCCAGUAUCUGAGCUGAAUCUGAGUGCUGAACUGUUGGCUGAAGAGGAAGCCAAAGAUGUGGCCCAAACUGCCAAGGAGCCAGUACUGCCAGAGGAGGUGGAGGAGAAUGGAGACAUAACAGCAGAAGAUGAAGCUGCAGAGAGCCCAGAGCUUGCAGAGAUUCCUGCUGUUGAAGAGAAACCAGUUCAGCCGAUCCCAUCUAACACCAAAGAUAAACUUGAUGUAGACGGACUGAUCACCGAAGCACUCCUUAUUGGGGACUUUGAGGCUGCUGUCAACCUUUGUCUCCAUGACAACCGGAUGGCAGAUGCAAUCAUUCUAGCUAUCGCUGGUGGACCAGAACUUCUUGAAAAAACCCAGAAAAAAUACUUGACUAAAACUCGAAGCAAAAUUGGGAAGAUAAUCAGUGCUGUUGUAAUGAGGGACUGGUUGAAUAUACUUGAGACGUGUGAUCUUCAGAAUUGGAAGGAGGCUCUGGCCGCAGUCAUGACCUAUGCCAAACCUGAGGAGAUUUCCUCCCUAUGUGGACUGCUGGGCUCCAGGCUGGAGGCAGCUGAAGACUCUGAUCUGCAGGCACAAGCUUGCCUUUGUUACAUCUGUGCUGGUAGUUUAGAGCAGCUGGUGUCCUGUUGGUCCAAAGCACAAGAUUCUAGCAGCCCGCUCUCACUGCAGGACCUCGUAGAAAAAGUGAUGAUUCUGCGGCAGGCUGUGGAGAAGACACGAGGUGGAGCAGCCACUGCUGUAGGCACCUUGUGGGCAGAAAAGAUAAGUCAGUAUGCCAGCCUAUUGGCCUCCCAGGGCAGCCUGCAAACUGCUAUAUCCUACCUGUCCACCAACACAAAUGAGCUUGCAGUGCAGCAGUUGCGAGAGCGCCUGAGCAGAGCAUUAGGACAGCAGGGAGUAGCGCCUGUACAGAACAGACAUCCAGUGGCUCCUGCUGCUGUGCCCCAACAAGCGUACACACCAAUCCAACCUCAAACUCAACCACUGCCUCCUCAGCCCACCCCUGCUCCUCCUACACAACAGUAUUACCAGCAGGUUAGGGCUGCCUCUACUGUCACUUCCUGGAGUAACCAAACCCCAACCAUUCUGCCCAGUGCCCCUCGUCCGCUAGUCCCUGCCAAAGACCCGCAGGCUGAGCCCAAACCUGCACCACCUUUCCCUUUGCAGGCUCCAUUGAGCACAAGUCCUGCUGCAACCAGUGGGUUCAUGUACUCACAGCAGUAUCAGAACUACCCCCAGGUCCAGCAGUUCACACCUGGUGCUGGGGGACAAGCAAUCUAUCAACCUCUCCAGUACUCCUCCUCUACAUCUACUCCUCUUCCUCCUCCACCUUCGUCUUCUGCUGCUGCUCCUUUCUACCCCUCUCAGUUUAUGCCUCCUGCCAAAUCUCAGGCUGUACCACACACCUUCCCCAGAUCUCCUUUCUCUGCAAGCCAGCAGGCUCCCACUGCACCUCCUCUCUCUUCCACCUCCACCGCCUCCUUCUCUCCUCCUCCUUUCUCCUCUGGAGUCUCAUUCCAGCACCACGGGCCGGGUUCUCCCACUGCCUUCCUCCCGCCUCCACCAACUGGAGCCUCAGGUACUCAGGCUGAGCCCAACAUGAUCCCAGGCUCCCAGAUAACAGGGGGAAUUACCCAAGAUGACACAUGGUAUCUGGAAGGGCCCCAGAAUGGCUGGAACGAUCCUCCGGCCCUCAUCCGAGGAUCUAAGAAAAAGAAGGUCCCAGAAAAUUACACUCCCCCAGCUCCAAUCACAGCGCCCAUCAUGGCUCCCCUGGGAGAGCCGCAGCCUUCUCUUCAGCCGCAACAGCUUUCUCCGCAGUCAGCUGGUGUUCCUGCUCCCUUCAACCCUAUUCAACAGCAACCAAUGGCUCCUACACUCAGAAACCAUGCCAUACCCAGCAUGCCUGUAGAGGGAGCACCAGGAGCACCCACUGGGGACGUCAUACAGCCAAUUCAGUCUCUCCCUACUGAGAAAAUCACAAAGAAGCCCAUUCCAGAUGAGCACCUUAUUCUCAAGACAACGUUUGAGGGCCUGAUCCAGAAGUGCUUGGCUGCUGCCACAGACCCUCAAACCAAGAGGAAGUUGGAUGAUGCUAACAAGAGACUAGAGUCCCUUUAUGACAAACUGAGAGAGCAAACUCUUUCUCCAACCAUCGUCAGUGGCCUGCACAACAUGGCUCGGAGCAUCGAGUCCCGUGCCUACACAGAUGGCCUCAACAUCCACACACACAUUGUCAGCAACAGUAACUUCAGCGAGACCUCCGCCUUCAUGCCAGUCUUGAAGGUGGUGCUAACACAGGCUAACAAGCUGGGCGUCUGAUGUCAUGUGCGCAUAUACAAUACUCACCAGUAUUCCCCGCAACACCAACACAAGCCAUCAGUCAAUAAGGACCAACUUGUAUUGACAUGCUUCGCCAGUCUUAAAUCUGGAAUAGGGCAUUCCAGUUUACAGGCGUUCUUUAGCUUUUCUUUUGUUUUUUUUAGUUUUUGGUUGUGUAUAUGUUUAUGUUGCCAUUAUUUCAUAUGUGUAAUUGUGGCAGAGCAGAGUGCAAUGGGGGUGUUUACCCCUUUUUUCCUCUUUAUUUUCAAUUUUUCUUUCUUUUUUUUUUUUUUUGUUUGAGUCAGUACAUGUUUUUGGGCAACUCGUGAAAUCAGAGAAACUUGAGAAAUCGAUCACAUGUCUGACUGGAUUUGAUAGAUAUUUGCUAUUGUGUAAUUGAGCUCUGGUUUAUCAUUUUAGAUUUUUUGUUUCCUUCCAAUUUUUGUCAGCAAGAAUUUUACGCUAUUGCUUUUUGUGCUAAUAGAAGCCUUGCCAUUUCAGUGAUGUUCAAUGCAAUUUCCUGCAAAAAAACAAACAAUGUAAUUGCAUUUUAUCCGUUUGCCAAGAUCUGCAUACAGUCUUGGUGACAAGGAAAUAUUUUCAAUAAUGUUAUUUAUUUAAAUCUUUUAUGAUUUGAGUUAAUCAGUAACUAAUCCAACAUUGGCAAACCAAGGCUGCCUAGAUAUACGGCUGUCUAGUUUUACCUCUUUCUCUAGUAAUUUGAAAACGUGAUGCCACAGUUAGGUGUCUGAAAUGCUUUCGGAAAGUAUUGCAGCUGUCUUGGUGGAAAGAAAAGUGCUAGUACUCACCGUGGUUCUUCUUUUACACCAGGCAAUGUUUUGAAAGGAAAUAUGUUAGCGCUCUAUAUCACCAACCAUUCACAGUUUUUGACUUGUAUGACGUACUUGCAAAUGAUGGCAUGAUUUUUUUAAAGGCACUGCUGGUUUAAGCUCUACAGCGGAUAUCACAGAGAAAACUAGUCAAUAGUAACAUCAAUUUAAUCAUUCUCACCACUCCUGUUUAAACUCUUAUUUUGUAUACAAAUUCUGUACCUUAGAAAUUUUGUGGGGCAAUCAAUGCACAAUGUUUUAAUUGACCAUUGUAAAAAAAUUGGAGGAGGGUGUUGUGUUUUAAUGAAGUGGUCAAAUAAAGUGCUCAAUAUUUCUCA